CAAAAGAAAAUGACCUGUCUGGACUGGACGCUCUAUUUUUAUUUGUUUACUGACUUUCACAAGUUCACUGCGACGAAGAUCAGGUAGAGAUUGUUCCAUGACAAAAUGGUUUUCAAAAGUCUUCUUCUCCUAGUUCUGGCAGCGUAUUGUCAGGAGGCGGCAGGUGUACGAGUUGAAGUCGAUGUUUGUUUGAAGAUUUAUACGGCUCGAUAUGGCAACGUAUCUCACUACGGUGUUUAUGGUAAUCUUGAUUUCCUGGAGUUCUCAAAGAACAAGCCAGCUGCUGUAUUCAAAGUUCUUCCAAAAAGUAUGCUUCAAGAGAUCUCGACCAAGAAAUGUGUACAUAGGAUAAGCAACGGGAAUAAGCAGUUGGUACUUACAUAUGAUUGUUCUGAGGCGACCAUGUUUCCAGUUGAUAUGUGGAAAUACAAUUCUGUCAAGAAGUGGCUACAAGAUUUAACAAGCUCUGGUGAGGUAUGCUUGAGUCCGUGGACCAAUUCUAGAGCGCCUUAUGACAUUCAAACUUUGACAGGACUUUCUCCAUGCGCUCUAUGGAACCAAAUGAAUAUGAUUGGAGUUCCUUGCCCGGCUGCCUCGUCAGACGAACUCGAAAAGCAGAAGUAUUAAAUAAAGAAAUUUGAAAGCAAAAACGCGGAUAAUUCAAAUACUAAACAGAAAACAUGUAUGUUCACCAAUUCUGUGAUAUAAAUAUAAAUUGGAUUAGGGCUUAUAUUUAUAUGUUUUCAUUUUAAUGUGUUCUCUUAAGCUCAGGUGAAUAUAGCUAAUGCAGCGAAUCAAUUAGCUAAUUUUGGUAAAUUAUGAAGAAAAAUUAAUCUAACCAA